UCAGACAGAGGAGCACAUCCACUGGACAAGAAGAACAUGAAACCAUCCACGGCAACCCAUCCGGAGAAUGGUCUCUCCCAGAUCCUGAGGCUUGUGCUGCGAGAGCUGAAUCUGUUCUACAGCCGAGACGUGAAUGGAGUGUGUCUCCUGUACGAUCUUCUCCACUCCCCAUGGCUGCAGGCUCUGCUGAAGGUUUAUGACUGUCUCUUGGAAUUUAAAGAAAAGAAACUUGUUCCUGCCACAACUCAUGCACAGACAUUAUCCUGCGAGGUAGUGGGGAUAUUACGUGAAACUCCUAAAUCCCCUGAGAUCCAAGAGCUGAAACAAAUCCUCCAGGAUCCACACUUUAAGGCCUUGCUCAGUGCCCAUGACACCGUGGCUAAGAAAGAUUUUGAACCUCUUCUCCCCCCAUUGCCAGACAAUAUCCCUGAGAGUGAGGAGGCAAUGAGGAUUGUUUGCAUAGUGAAAAACCAGCAGCCCCUGGGAGCUACCAUCAAGCGCCACGAGAUGACAGGGGACAUCUUGGUGGCCAGAGUCAUCCAUGGCGGGCUGGCUGAGAGGAGCGGGUUGUUAUAUGCUGGAGACAAACUGGUGGAAGUGAAUGGAGUUCCCGUUGAGGGACUGGACCCUGAGCAAGUGAUCCAUAUUCUGGCCAUGUCUCGCGGCACAAUAAUGUUCAAGGUGGUUCCAGUUUCUGCCCCUCCUGUUAAUAGCCAGAAGACGGUGUAUGUUCGCGCCAUGACGGAGUACUGGCCCCAGGAGGAUCCCGCCAUCCCCUGCAUGGACGCAGGGUUGCCUUUCCAGAAGGGGGACAUUCUUCAGAUUGUGGACCAGAAUGAUGCCCUCUGGUGGCAGGCCCGGAAAAUCUCAGACCUUGGUACCUGUGCUGGCCUAAUACCUUCUAACCACCUUCUGAAGAGGAAGCAACGCGAGUUCUGGUGGUCUCAGCCAUACCAGCCCCCCAGCAGUCUCAAACCCACCAUAUCAAUUUCUAUGGAAGAAGAGGAUGACAUGAAAAUUGAUGAGAAGUGUGUGGAAGCAGAUGAAGAAACAUUUGAAUCCGAGGAGCUUUCAGAAGACAAGGAGGAAUUUGUUGGCUCUGGUCAGAAGUUCUUUAUCGCUGGCUUCCGCCGCAGCAUGCGCCUUUGUCGCCGCAAGUCGCACCUGGGCCAGCUGCGCGCCGGGCUGGGCGGUGCGGGCGGCGGCCUCCCCGCGCCCGGCGCCCCCUACGAGGAGGUGGUCCGGUACCAGCGCCGCCCGUCGGAGCAGCACCGCCUCGUCGUGCUGGUCGGACCUUCUGGGGUUGGAGUCAAUGAACUGAGAAGACAACUUAUUGAACUUAAUCCUGAGCAUUUCCAGAGUGCUGUGCCGCAUACCACUCGCUCCAAAAAGAGUUAUGAAAUGGAUGGACGUGAGUAUCACUAUGUGUCAAAAGAAGUAUUUGAAAGCCUCGUGUAUAGUCACAGGAUGCUCGAGCAUGGUGAGUACAAAGGCCACCUGUAUGGCACCAGUGUGGACGCUGUUCAAACAGUCCUUGAUGAGGGAAAGAUCUGUGUCAUGGACUUAGAGCCCCAGGGUAUUCAAUUAGCUCGAACCCAGGAACUGAAGCCCUAUGUCAUAUUUAUAAAGCCAUCUAGCAUGAGCUGUAUGAAGCAAUCUCGGAAAAAUGCCAAGAUCAUUACAGACUACUUUGUGGACAUGAAGUUCAAGGAUGAAGAUCUACAAGAGAUGGAGGAUUUAGCCCAAAAAAUGGAAGCACAGUUUGGCCAAUUUUUUGAUCACGUGAUUGUGAAUGACCACUUGCAAGAUGCAUGUGCCCAGUUGGUGUCUGCCAUUCAGAAGGCUCAGGAGGAGCCUCAGUGGGUACCAGCAACAUGGGUUUCCUCAGAUACUGAGUCUUAA